AUGAAACCAAUUUCAAGCGUGUAUCAAUUGAAUUCAUUCCAAGCAUAUCCACUAGCCAAGGAUUUGGAAUUUAAGAAACCAAUUUCUAUCGUCUUGCCUUUACCUACUGGAUCAAUGGUAAUCAAUACGACCUCCUUGCAAUGCUCCAUCAAAGGUGAUGAAGGUGUUGGAAAGGCAACUUUGAUAGAAUCAUUACUUGACUUUAAAAGAGAUGAUCCUUUAUUCCAACAAAUCUAUGUUGAUCAUACCCCAAUACCUUUUAAAAGUAAAUGGACUACUACUCCAUUUACAUUACGAGUUUCAUGUCAAAGAACUUCAAGUAAUAGAAGUAGAUAUAGAUCAAGUAUAGUAUUUGUGGUUUACGAUAUUACAAGUCAAAAGUGUUUUGAUAAUCUAUCGACAUGUUUUGAAUUGGCAAAAGGUACUCUUGAUGGUAACAUUAUUGUGUUGGUUGGUACAAAAUCAGAUCUUUAUCAUAGACGUGCAGUACCAAAACAAAAGGUAAUCGAAUUUGCUCAGUCAAAUGGUAUCUACAACUAUUUCGAGUCAAAUCAUAAUGACCCAAGACACGAUCUAUUAGAGCAAAUCCUAUUUGAUGAUUUCAACAAAUAUGAAAUCAUUAGACUACAUUCAUCACAACGUGAUUCAAUUUCUCAAAUUUCACCAUUUAAUCUUAUUUAUUUUAAUCAAAAUCAAAUUCAAAAUAAUCAAAAUAAUCAAAAUAAUAAUAAUCAAAAUAAUAAGAUUAAGGUAAAUGAAAUAAUAUUUCAAAAAGUAUUUAAAUCAAAAGUAUUGAUUAAUAAUAUUUGGAGAAUGGUUAUAGAAAUUCAUCAAAUGUUGGGAUUGGAAACAGUUAAAUAUAAUUCUGACAAUGUUGACUUUUGGGCAUCGAAUCGUUACUUUGGUCAUUGUACCGAGAAAUAUUUACAAUUUAAAUAUGUGUCAAGACAGAUGAUUACAUUUCUUCGUCGUCUUAAAGACAGUGAUGUCGAGUUGGUUGAUAGCUUGGUCAAUCUCUACAACCUUCAUGAUUUUCAAAGUUCACGAGCCAUUGAUGAAACCAUUGCUAGUGGAUCAUUUGAUGUGGUUCGUCAUCUCCAUCAGAGUGGAUUUAAUUGGUCAAUCUAUGGUUUCAAAUUGGCAAUCAUCUUGGGUCACGUCGAUAUCUUGAAAUACAUAAUCGAGUAUUCCAACCCAAUCACCAAGCAACCCCUCGAAUCUGUCUACUCGGAACCAAAGUCAGAGGCUGUUACUCUAUUGCCUUUUAAUCCACUUCGAACUACUCUCUGUCUAAACAUCUCGACAUAUAUGUUACAACAAGGCUUGGUAUUGGCUAAACAUUAUAAUCAAAAGGAUAUGACCCUAUUCCUUACCCAAUUAUUAAAACAAUAUUAA